AUGUAUAUGAAAAAUAAAAUUCCAAAUGAAAAUAUAACAUUUGAAGUUAUUAAAAUUAAAAAUAAUUUUUCUUAUGAAUAUUUAUGUAAAAUAUUACCACCAAAUACUGUAUUUAUUAUAAAUGGAAAAGUUACAAAAAAUAAUCAAGAAAUUAUUUAUAAAUUUGUUAAUGAAACUCAAAUACCAAUGAUACAAUUACAAUAUGAUUUAGAAUAUUUAAAUAUAAAUAAAACAUGUCUCGAAAAUGAUUAUUUUUGUUUAACAACAACAAAUACUGAAAAAUAUUAUAUUCAAUUAAUACCAGCUGUUAAUAUUUUUUAUUUAUCACUUGGUACUUUUUUACCAUUAAUACCUUUUCAAAAUGAUAUAGGAAUUAUAUAUGAUUUUACAGUUAAUCAAUUAGAAAUUAAUUUAACAUCACUUAUAAAAAAUAUACCAAUAAUAAAUGGAAGCCUAAUUGAAUCAAAGGCAACAAAUAAAGAAAUAAAACAACAACUAUUAAUUCUUAGUCAAAUGUAUAAAACAUUAAUUUUUAUGUGUCAAACAUCAACAAUAGAAAAUUAUGUACUUAUUUCUGAGGAAUAUUUUGAUAAAAAUACAUUUACAUGGAUUGCUUUUACAACAGAUGUUACACCAUUUAAAUGUUUUAAUUGUCUAACAGUAGAUAUAUUUUGGAUACGUAUACAUCAUAAAACUAGACCAAAUAAUAUUUAUACUAUUAGGGAAUAUAUUAUUACUCAAAAUUUUAAUGAAAAUUUUUCUGAAAUAUUAAAACCAUAUAAUUAUGUUAAAGUAUCAACAUUUUUUGAAAUUUUUGAAACAGUAUAUAAUUUUGUUAAUACUACCUUUUUUGAAAAGAUUGAUUCUAAUUUAACAUUAUGUUAUAAAACAAAAUAUUGGAAAAAACAUUCUGUUAAAUCAGCUAUGUUUGAUAUAGAAAAUUAUAAUUUACCUGAUUAUGGUGAAUAUUUAUCAUCAAAUUAUACUUCAUCAUUAUUUUAUCAAAAUGUUGGUGUUAGAAUUUAUAAAAUUGUUCGAAGACGUGAUUUAUAUGAAGGAAAUAUAAAUAAAUAUCUUGGUAAUUGGACUUAUAAUGAUGGUGUAACAAUAUUUUAUGGAAAUUUUAGUGUUGAUGUUUAUUUAUUAAAAAAUUAUCGCAUUGCUGCUAUUAUUCAACCACCAUUUAUACAAUUAAAACAAGAUAAUAAUAAAAAUUUAGAAGGAUAUUGUAUUGAUCUUUUAAAUUUAAUACAAGAUGAUUUAAAAUUUAAUUAUACAUUAUAUCUUGUUGAAGAUGGUUUAUUUGGAACUGUUGAUGAAAAUGGUAUAUGGAAUGGUGUUGUUGGAGAUAUUGUAGCAGGAAAUGCUGAUUUUUCUAUUGCAUCAUUAGCUGUAAUGGCUGAAAGAGAGAUUGAUAUAGAUUAUACUAUUCCUUAUUAUGAUUUAGUUGGCACAACUAUUUUAGUUAAAAAGGCAGUUGUUGAUAAUUCAUUAUUUAAAUUUUUUCAAGUUUUAGAAAUUCCUGUUUGGUGUGCAAUAUUAGGUGCAUAUUUAUUAACAAGUAUAUUAUUAUGGUUAUAUGAUAGAUUAAGUCCAUUCUCAUAUACAAAUUUAUCAAAAAAAACAGAAAAUUCAGAAUUAGAAAAUAAACGUAAAUUUACAUUAAAAGAAUGUUUAUGGUUUUGUUUAACAUCUUUAACACCACAAGGUGGUGGUGAAACACCAUUAAAUGCAUCAGGAAGAUUUUUAUCAGCUACAUGGUGGGUAUUUAGUUUUAUUAUAAUUGCAACAUAUACAGCAAAUUUAGCUGCUUUUUUAACAGUAUCAAGAUUAGAACAAUCAAUAAGUUCGUUAGAUGAUUUAGCAAAUCAAUAUAAAGUUGAUUAUGCUCCUAUAAAAGGAAGUGAUGCAGAGAUGUAUUUUAAAAGAAUGGCUAUGAUAGAAGAAAAAUUUUAUAAUAUUUGGAAAGAAAUAUCAUUAAAUGAAAGUUUAAAUUCUGUUGAUAGAGCUAAAUUAGCCAUAUGGGAUUACCCUGUAAGUGAAAAAUUUUCUAAUUUAUGGAGAAAUAUGCAACAAAGUAAACUACCAAAUAAUAUUGAUGAAGCAAUUAAUCGUGUCUUGACAUCAGAAAAUGGUUUUGCUUUUAUUGGUGAUGCAAUGGAUAUUCAAUAUGCUGUUUUAACUAAUUGUGAUCUUCAAAUUAUUGGUAAUGAAUUUUCAAGAAAACCAUAUGCUUUAGGUAUUCAAUCUGCUCAUCCAAUGAAAGAUAAAUUAUCAACAUCUAUAUUACGUUUGUUACAUCAACGUAAAUUAGAAGAAUUAAAAAGUAAAUGGUGGGAUGAAAAUCCAAAUAAAGCUAAAUGUCCUACAACUUCUGAUAAUAAUUAUGGUAUAAAAAUAGAAAAUAUUGGUGGUGUAUUUAUAGUUAUAUUGGGAGGUAUAGUUAUAGCUAUUAUAACAUUAAUAAUUGAAUAUAUUUAUCAUCAUCAAAUGAUUAAAAAAAAAGUGAAAUUAUCAAUGAGUAAUAAUACAACUGAUUCAACAAUUCAUAUGUCAAAUAUCUUUUCAACAUCUAUUGAUAAUGAUGCUUUUGAAGAUAUAGAAAUUAAUGAACUUCAAGAUAUUACUUCUCUUCGUCAUAGAAAUACUAUCAAUACUGAUAAUUAA